UAUUGAUUUUUCACAAGCAGUGUGUGCACUUACUUUACCAGUUGUGACGUUUCUGUUGUUCGGUUGGGGGCAGCAACUGCGUUGUCAUCUUAGCGAAUUUAUUAUCUAUUUGAUACAAAUUCACUCUUAGAAUGCUGGGUUCUUCCAUAAUCAAUGAUAUAUUGGACUCCUUAUAUGAUUUGCGAUAUUUUGAAUCUGGAAUAUCAGAUGAAGCAAGUUUGAAAGACGCAGCUAAACACGGAGCUUCAUCGCUGACAUUUACUUCCACAGUUGCACGACUUACAAAUGAAUUGCGACUCAUUUACAACAUCGAGGCAAACGUUUCUGAAGUCAAGUGUAAGGAAGAUGCUGAUACUUUCUUGUCAGAACUAAAUAACUUCCUUGUUGAAUACGGUUCACCAUUUUCUAAUACACUGUUACAAGAUGAAGAAGACUGCUUUGCGUUGUUGCUGUUUUUAGUAUCUGAACUCCAAGCUGCAAGAAUCUAUUACUCCAAAAAAGAACAAAAUCACAAUGAUGAACUCGAGAAACCAAAUCAUUUGUUCGAGGUGUUCAAAUUAAUCUGCAUCACACUAAGACUUUCAAAACCUCCACCUUCUAUAACAUUGACAAGUUUUAUUCAAGGUAUCUCUAAAAAGCUAAAUGAGUUAGUUGCCUCUCAAACUCACUUAAGCCAACCAUUGGUGGGUGAUCUAACAACAGAGCAAUGGAAAGUAUUGGAAUUAUUAAACAAUGAAUUGAAGUUGGAAUAUGAAUCUCGACGUGCAAUGCUAAUAAAAAGAUUAGAUGUUACUAUCUCAUCAUUUAAUUGGUCAAAUACUGCUAAGACAAACAUGGAUCGUAUAACUGCUGCGUAUCAAGCACUGCGACAUAAAUUAGACGCAGAAAGCCCAGUUUCACUUGCUCAUCUUAUCGCUGCAAGACAAGAUUUGGCUCAAGUUUGCAAAACUUCAUUUGGUGAAACAAGACACUCUUGCCCCAUUAAUAAAAUUGUUAUUGGAAAGGUGCCUGACAGAGGUGGACGUACAAAUGAAAUAUCAGCUCCACCACCAGAAAUGCCAUCCUGGCAGAAGAGACAGGACGGUGGUGGUCGUGGGGGUCGAGGUGGUGGGGGUCGAGGGGGUGGGGGUCGAGGGGGUGGGAGUCGUGGGAGUGGCGGCCACCAUCAAGGUUCGAGGCAAAGACAAAACAACCAAUCUUCUGACAACCAAGCUUCUUCUAGAGGUCAAAGUAGAUGGGGCAGGGGAAGAGGGAACAGGCCAGGUGGAAAUCAAUUUUUCAACCAACAAGUUAAUGCUGGUGAUGGGUUCAGUUCAGCUCAUACUUACACAAACUAGAGAAAUAAACAAUAAAUACAUCAGUGUAAAGUGAAA